AUUACAUAUAUUUAAUAUCAUUAUUUUAAUAUGAUUAUUUUUUAUUAAAUUUUAAUGGAAUCUUCUAAGAGAUCUAACGAAAAUGACGAAUCGCAGACUAAAGUUAAAAGGAGAGAAACUGAACAUGGUUCAGUUCUAACUGGAUACGGCUCAAUUGAUGCCAUAAACAAUAUAAUACAAUUUCAAAUACAAUCAGGGCACAUUAGCGGAGAAUCAGUAGACUCUCUACAGCUUGAGAAACAAGUAAAUAACACUAGAGUCCCUCUGAACCAGACUUAUAUCCCCGUAGAGUCAGUUGAAGAGGAGCCAGAAUAUGUUACUGAAGAAGAUUUUAGGCUUGAUAGAAUAAAGGAGUUGUUAUCUAAGCCAGCACGCGUUCAGGUUAAGGAUUAUGCAAAUUCAUGCUACGUUGAGGGUAAUCAGACGUAUAACAUUUGGUAUAAUAAAUGGGCUGGGGAACGCAACUGUGACUACGUGAAUGGACGAACCAGCCUAGCCCCUGCCAUGUACACUUGUGACCCUGAACUUGACUCAGGCUAUACAAGAGCUAACUCAAAGCACUCAGUGGAUGAUUCAGGCACCAAAUUUAUCUGCCUUUUUUUCGCCAAGGGCUGCUGCAGUCAGGGCAGCAAGUGCAACUAUUUACACCGUGUACCCAUACUCGAGGAUGAAUAUUUUCUUGAUACAUCCGUUGAUAUAUUCGGCCGUGAACGUUUCAGUAAACACAGAGACGAUAUGACUGGAGUUGGAAGCUUUAAUAGUAGCUGUAAAGUAUUAUUUAUAGGUGACAUAACUGCGGACGUAUCCACCUGUAACCCUGUGGAAGAUUUAAAAAUUGAACUCGCAAAGAAGAUUGAAAAAUAUGUCCCGCUUCAGGAACUAAAUGUCAUAAUUAACAAAGGAGUUGCAUUUGCUACCUUUGAAUCAAGAGUAUAUGCAGAAUUUGUCAAGGUUGCUUUAUCUAGCCAACCAAUGGGAGUUUACAGCACUGCUCUUAACGUGAAAUGGGCUCAUGAUAUACAGAAAACACAGAAGAAAGACAAGAAAGAUGUAAAGAACUUCGGAGAACUGGUUAGAAAACAUGAAGACCAGCUGAGGAACUUCCAGGAGAACUACCUUUCAGAUCCCAAUUUUGUUACUAGUCUAAUUAAUAAUCAUGCUGGAACUGUAAAUCCCUCUGUCAAGGGAGAAAGCUACUCCAAAAGGAAGGAAAAAAUGGAUCAGAUUCUAACCACUGUGGAAAAUGUAAAUGACGAUCAAUUCAAUGUAAACAUCUGA